GAUAACACCAAACAGCAUGCGGCUGUUGCUCCAGUUUUCCACAUCAUUCUAUUGCUGUGGUUGACCGCUUGCUACAAUGACUUUUGUGUCUCUCACUAGUAACAAUGAGUGAGUUGAGUGCAGCGACUGUACAAUGGCAAUGCGAGGUAAUGUCACAAUUCCUCAAGAAUAACUCAAGUUUUAAGCUCCUUACCACUUAAAACCUUUCGGAACGCUGCUGCUUCAGCCUGGCGUCAGCCUGGACCUCCCUGUUACGCAGAUCCGGUUAAACGUCAAAUUGGGACCUGUCAGAAGAGGCUGACUAAAUUUCGGACGGUGUGUUCUAGUCCGAAAGACUCAGGUAUCAACAACAGACAUGUCUUUUAUAUUUGGUUGGCUCUACAGAUCAUUCAGCAGUGUGCUACAGUUGCUUGGUCUCUAUAGAAAGUCUGGGAAGCUUGUGUUCCUGGGUUUGGACAAUGCUGGGAAAACAACAUUAUUGCACAUGCUCAAGGACGAUCGCCUUGGCCAGCAUGUCCCAACUCUGCAUCCGACCUCUGAAGAGCUGACAAUUGCUGGGAUGACUUUCACAACAUUUGAUCUGGGAGGCCAUCAACAAGCAAGACGAGUGUGGAAGAAUUACCUCCCAGCAAUCAAUGGCAUUGUUUAUCUUGUGGACUGCGCAGACCACGAGCGCCUAGUUGAAGCAAAAAUCGAACUUGAUGCCCUUUUAACUGACGAGACCAUCGCAAAUGUCCCCAUUCUCAUAUUGGGCAACAAAAUUGACCGACCUGAGGCCAUAAGUGAAGAUGGGCUGAGAGGGAUGUUUGGCCUUUAUGGUCAUACUACUGGAAAGGGUAAUGUGAACUUGAAGGAGCUGAACCUGAGGCCAAUGGAGGUGUUCAUGUGCAGCGUACUGAAGAGGCAGGGGUAUGGGGAAGGCUUCAGGUGGCUCUCCCAGUACAUUGACUGAUUGUUACUGUGUCACCCUGACUUGUUUUUGUAGCAUUUAUGUUCUUAUUUAUUCUUCUGGGUAGUAAAGAGUGUACUUAAUCAGUUUGAAAUCAGACGUUAUGUAGAUUUAUUAUUAUUAUUAUUAUUGGUAUACAUUAUGAUAUUGGUGAUGUACAAUACAAAUGCAGGUCAGAACUACAUAACCUCAGAAUGUAUGUGGUAUGUAGUGGUCAUGUUAUGUGCCAAUGCCUACAUUUAUAUACAAGGUAAGAGAAAUGAGCCCUGUAAAGUAGAUUACAUGGCGGGAGAGUUAUUUUAUGCAUUCACAUAGUGUUACAGAGAGACAUGGCGGUCACAUUCUUGCUGUUUCGUUACCUUUGUGUGCCUGAGUGUGUUGACUGCUGCCAAAGAGAUUUACUGUGCCUUCUGUCUACUUCAUUGAUCGCUUGAAAUGUUGAUAACAAAUACCUGUGCUCUUAUGAGCACAAAUUCAUUCAUUGGCUACGUUUUCAUGACGUUUUUAAUUUCGAAUUAAUAAUUCAGAAUUAAAUAGUUUCUUCAAGUUUACUUUUGAUCUGUCAUUUAAUUCCGAACUGUGAAGUGUUUACAUAACGUUUUCAAAGCGGAAUUAAGCUUUGUUCAGAAUUAAAGUCAGUUAAUUCUGAAUGAAAUGUCUCAUGUAAACAUAGCCAUUGCUGAACACGACGUUGUUGAUUGAUCAGAUGCGGGGGUCUGGGCUUCACCUCGCCACAUAUUUGCACCAUUAAGUUUCUUGAAUCAGCACCUCGGGAAAUCCUUUAAUUGGUUAAGUCUCCAGUAGUUUGGUAAGCCGUUAAUUAGUGAAAACGUGGGUCUGUUAAAUGUACACGCAGAAUAUGAAUAGAAAAUGAAUCAGAAUAUGACAGGGUUAGGCCUAAUAAGAUUACAAGAUGUUUUAUUGUCAUAUACUCAUACAUUGCAUUCAUAAGCAAUUAGCUAAAAAAAAACCUUGAACAUGUAUUUUGAUAUUAUCAAUUAAAAAAAUCAUACCGUGUAGUCCUACAUAUAUCAUCCAUUUACAUUUUUAUGUCCCGUUUACAUGGCAUGUGUGGAUUAAAGAAAUCUCAUGUCCUGUCCUGUUUAGCGCACAAGCAGAAUAUGGCAGGACUUAAAAACUAUCUGAAGCAAAGAUCACCAAUGGCAGGAAAGUAAUGUUUAAAUAAGCAUACCGUAUAAUUAUGUAUUUAUUACUAUUUAUUGUUAUGACAUGGUACAACAGGAGCAGGUUUAUUUACUCAUUUUGUGAAUGCGAUUUCAGUAAGGCACUGAAAGACACAGGGGUUUCAUGUAGGUACCUACCUACCUACUGUAGAGCUAAAAUCCUUGCUGAAAUGUGCUGAAAUGUGCCCUGUCAUAGUGUGCUUGACAGUUAAUGCCAGUAACCUUGAAUGGUCUAUUCAAGACGAGUGUCAGUGUUGAAUUUUGUUUUAGGUGCUGUAAAUGCCAAGCAGUUAUUGUGAUUAGGCCUAUUUCAGCUCAAUGUAUUUUAUUUAUUUUGUUUUAUCCGUGAUGCACAAAUACUUAGUUUUGGGGCUAAACAAAUGGUUACUCCAGAGUAUGACUGCUCCUUUUAUGCUUUGUGAUUUAAUGCAGUGAGUACUUUUUGACUAUCUACUGCUAUUGGUCAGCAGUCUAGAUAUGAGGGUACACAAAUAAAAAUGUUUAACACUUGACAAAGAAGUCUUGGACUUUUUCUUUC